AACAGAAAAGUACUUUUUUACAAAUGGCUGCCCAAAAUGCAGCCUUUCACCUGUCUGGCCUCGAGGCAUGCGCAAUAACAAAUCCGAUUCGCUGUCCAUUGUGCUGAAAACAAGUCCUUAAAAACGCUCACGUGUGUCUGAAAAUGUUCUCAACAUACAACAACCUCUUUGUUGUUCUAACACCGAGGCCUUACAUAAUAGAUGUGAAUAUGUGAGCGCAGGGAUGGCCAAGCGCGCGUGUCAUCCUAUCCACUUGGGUGCGCACAUCUAAACUCUUCUACGGUGGCUUGUACAAGCGAUCAGCCACACUACAACAUCCUGUUUUGUCUUCCACGGCGUCCCCGGUGUGAGGGUGAUGCGAUCUGGGAAUUUUUGUCCCUGCCUUCUUCAAGGGCUGCCGCACAGCUGCUGCUUCUUUAAGAGCCACCGCCCGCCCCCUCUCUUGUAUUUUUAGCUGAGCCAGCUACUUCAUUUGCUGGAUGAGACAGACAGCUGUGUGACCGCACUCCAGUCCAUCCUGCUAAUAAAUGACAUCAAAUUGCAUCCUGCGGAACCGCCGCGGACCUCAAGCCAGCUGCAACCUGGACAUCCUCCCUGGGAAACAGCGUUGCUCUGCGGAUGUCGGAUGCUGAAGCGCGCAGUGGAUGUUGGAUUUUCAUUAUUAUGAAACGCGGCGCCGCACCGGGUACCCAACAUGGAGCGCCUGUGAGAUCAAAUGAACUAAAUCAGUUUAGCUCCUGAAUCUGUGUGGAAGGCUGCUCCAGAAUCUUUCUCCGUAUCCUCCUGGUCUGGGGAUAAGAAAAAGCCUUCAAAACGGAGGGGGUGGUGGAGCACCGAGGGAAAAAUAGGGGCAACAUGAGAGAGCGGGACUUUAUGCCCAAUAUGGAGAGGGGCAAACCUGCCACUUACACGGGGGACAAGAAGGCUAAGAUGGCUGCUAAGACGAACAAGAAGUGGGUGAGACUAGCCACUGUUUUUGCGUAUGUGUUGUCGGUGUCCUUAGCGGCGAUCAUCCUGGCCAUUUACUACAGCCUGAUCUGGAAACCGACCAGCGGGUCCUCCUCGUCUGGGAAGCCCGGGGUGCCCGACGGGGUCACUCCCGGCGCCAACAUGUCAACCGACAGCACACUUUCCACAAACAACAAUGUCUCAGAGUGGAACUCUACACAGACCAGGCUGCUGGCUGUCAACUCAACCCUGCUGGGCACGGCGGCGCGCGCACAGGCGUUUCAGUGGGAUGGCAGAGCCGUGUCCCCGCGUGGCGCAGGGGCAGAAAGUGCGCACUCCCAGCUCAAGGAAGAACUGUACGCAUCCCCUCAUGGCCACAAGGGCGCAGAGAGAUCGGUGACACAGGCGUCUGAAACCAGUCAAUCCAUCCCGGCAAGCACAAGGGAGCCUCUGAGCCAGGAGGAGGAGACGCGCAACAACGAGCGCGAGCGAGCGCCAGGGGAUGGAGACGCUCUCCGACCGACUUAGAUGGCGAUCAGAGCCAACAGGACAUGGAACGAAGCGCGGGCCUAUCACUGUACACACUUUUCAUUAAAACAGACUCAAGAUGGAGUGUUUGCCAUUCCCGCAGGUCGGAUAACACACUGGUCCAAUUGCAGAUGCUGAACUUACGUUAGAGCCUGAAAACUUGCCCUAGAAGAGAGCUGUUUUUCUUCUCCAAACACUGUACCCCUUUUACUAUGCGUUUUUGUUAUACUUUUGAAUUGUUUUAGGCCAUCUGUAUGCCUUAAUGUCUCUCAUUUACCUCAGACUCCUUCUGAGGUCGCUUGUUUGCCUAAAUUUGUGGACAAAUCCUGUAUUUAUUGAACAGCAAGGAGCGAAAAGGUGCUUUUGCAGAGCAGAAAGCACUUGAAAUCACUGCCACUUAUCCGUCCGUCUAACUAAGUUCUGUAUUUAUGAAUUUUUAGAUUCCUUUGAUAGAGCAAAGUCUGGAUUUUUGGUUAAAAUAUCCUGCUUUUCUUGAGUUCUGCUCAGGUACAGUAUGUGCAACCAUGUAAACGUAUUGUGUCUUUGGUUAUAUACAAUAGGACAGGCAUACAUCUUUUGGCCUUGAUAAACUUUUAGUCUAUUUAGAGGAUUUUUAUUAAAGGUACACUAUGUAGUGUAAGUACUAUAUAUUACAAAGUACAAAUAAACAAUCUUUAAAAAGAU